AUGAAUUCAAAUUUGUUGUCCAUGUGCAUAAAAAGGAUUUAUUCUGAUAUCAUAAUUACUUUUGAAAUCAUUCAGAGAAGAAGGCUUGCAGCGUACUACCGUUUACUAGAUUUUUUGAAUAGGGGAGAACUAUGCGAUGAGUUGCUGGAACAAUUCCCUGAAUUAUCAGUAGUUGUGAAAGAAAACACAAAGCUCAGAUACAGGGCACAGAUUCUUCGAGCAAGCAUCGCUGAACAGGAACAAUUAAAUAAGAAGUGCUCUACUAAAGAAAGCAGGAGCGAGGGACCGGCGGUAGAAAAAGAAAUGAUGAGCCUCUCGAAGAAUUGUGGUCAAGAAUCUAAUAUGAAUAAACCGGACUAUCAUAGGGAUUCAAAAAACCGUAGUCAUAUUAUUGUUAAAGACUUUGGUAGCUCUUUGUUGUGCAUGUUACGAGCUUUAUUCAAGGAAAGCAUUAUCAAGGUCUAUCCUGAAAUGACAUCUGUUCCUGUCAUGAUAACGGAAACAACACUAGCAAACUUUGGUGAUUAUCAGUUUAAUUCAUCUAUGGCACUUGCACAGAAAUUGAAAGUAAACGGUCACAAAAUAUCUCCUCGUGAAGUCGCACAAAAAAUUAUAGAUAACAUAUCGAAAUGUGAUUGGAUCGAGAAGAUGGAAAUUGCUGGACCAGGCUAUGUCAAUGUAUUUUUGAGCAAGAAUUCAAUAAGUGCAUGUAUAGCAAAUAUUGCCUUAAAAGGUAUUAAUAUACCGAAAAUAGAAAAAAGACGUGUUAUUGUUGAUUUUUCUUCACCCAAUAUUGCUAAGGAGAUGCACGUUGGUCAUUUAAGAUCUACAAUCAUAGGUGAAAGUAUCAGUCGUUUACUUACCUAUGUUGGUUUUGAUGUUCUUCGAUUGAAUCAUAUAGGUGAUUGGGGUACGCAGUUCGGUAUGCUAAUUGCUCAUUUGCAAGAUCGUUUUCCUAAUUUUCUCAAUGAAGUACCACCUAUUUCGGAUUUGCAAACCUUUUACAAGGAAUCGAAAAAACGUUUUGAUGAAGAUGAAGCAUUCAAGGCUCGUUCAUAUCAGUGUGUCGUGAAGCUGCAAGGUUUUGAACCUGAUUAUGUGAAGGCAUGGCGAAUGAUCUGUGAUGUUUCUCGGAAAAAUUUUAAUGAAAUUUAUGAUCGGUUGGAGAUAAAUAUUGAAGAACGAGGCGAAUCGUUUUAUCAGGGUCAUAUGAUUGACCUUGUUAAUGAGCUUGACAGUUUAGGUGUCCUAGAAGUUGAAGAUGGGCGAAAGAUUUUGCGAGUUGGUGAUGGAGUUCCGCUUACUGUCGUGAAGUCAGAUGGUGGUUACACUUAUGACACUUCUGAUUUGGCAGCUUUGAAAUAUCGGUUGUUUAUUGAUAAAGCAGAAUGGAUAAUAUAUGUUGUAGACGCGGGGCAGAAUCUUCAUUUCGAAUUGGUAUUUGCUGCUGGUCGAAAACUCGGUUGGUAUUCAUCAGAUAAAACACGAGUUGAACAUGUCAGUUUUGGUCUAGUGCUUGGUGAAGAUAAAAAGAAAUUUAAAACGCGAUCUGGUGAUACAGUUCGAUUGUCAGAUUUACUGGAUGAAGGUGUGAAAAGAGCAGAAGCUAAACUACGAGAGAAGGAACGAGAUAAGACAAUGACUGCAGAAGAAUUAGCCUCAGCUCGUAAUGCUGUAGCAUAUGGUUGCGUGAGAUAUGCUGACUUGUCGCAAACUAGAACUCAGGACUAUGUUUUCUCUUUUGACCGGAUGUUAGAUGAUCGGGGCAAUACUGCUGUUUACCUUCUUUACGCCUUUGCAAGGAUCAAAUCUAUUUGUCGCAGCACUCUUGUUCCGCAAGAAGAUGUGCAAAAUUAUUUACUCAAUUUGCCAAAUGGUUCUCUUCCUCUUGAACAUGAAUCAGAAUUUAAAUUGGCAAAAGCAAUUCUGAAAUUCAGUGAUUGCAUCUUAAGUGUACUAGAUAGUUUCUUGCUACAUCAGCUUUGUGACUACAUUUAUGCAUUAGCAACUACGUUCCAUGAUUUUUACAACGAAUGUUAUGUAAUUCAAAAAGAUGUUGAUGAAAUUUAUCGUAAAUUAAAUGCAUUGUGUCUUAACUCUUCCGAUACAGAAGAACAACAAUCUGUUACGAUUUAUCUACUUGAUCCACAUGUACUGCCACAACCUCGGAAAAAAGUAUCUGCAGACGCAGAAAAUUUGCAUGUUGGUGAGAUUUUGCUGAAUAAUGCUGUGGAUGAAGGCGUUGCUGCAAAAGAAGAAAACUGUGAUCGAAGAAAUCUGUCGAUUUUGACUGAUCAAUAUCCGGAGGAUGACAUGAGUAUAGCUUCGUCUGCUUCAGAUUUUGAAGAAACACUGUGGGAUCAUUUCCAGAAUACACCAAAAUCGAAUACUGAUUGGAAAUCUGAAACGGAUAGUACUAUAUCCUCCUGUUUUUCACCAAUGAAUGGAUUCACUGCUCACUCAAAAUUAUCAGAUUCGCCUCAUGAUACAUGUUUACAUACCAGUUCUUUGAAGAAAACAAAUAACAAAAUUCCAAAGUUACCAGGAAGCAAGAAAAAAGUCGAGUCUUAUGUGGAGGGAAGAAAACGGCGGAUAGAUUUAAAUGAGAUAAAUAAUAGUAGUUAUUAUGAACAGUUUGGUACUGGUUCUUUUGUAUCCAGUACUCCACUAAAUUCGAACCCUAAUAAUGAGCGCUCAAAUCGGCUUUCAAUGAUCAAUAGUGCCGUUAGGACCAAGGUGCUGCACUCAAAACGGGUUUUGCGUACUUUGAAUCGUUCUGUAGAUAGUGCCGAAGCUGAAAAGGCUAAAUUUCUGAAGGAAGAGGCAAAAAAGCGUGAACAAGGAGCUAUUGAAAAGCAUAUUGUUCGUAUUCGAACGUCAAAUUCAAAAUUCGGUAUAAAGAAAGAAGUGUCACCAUCACUGAUUGAUAAUGAUUCGCGUUAUUAUAGUAUGCGUUCUUCAUUUGAGGAUAGCGAUGAGAGAAGUUGUGGUUCGUUGGUAGUGCCUAUAUCUUAA